AUGGAAAAGGAGGAUAUUAAUGUGGUUCCAGUGUGGGUCAAGAUGCAUGAUGUGCCGUUAGCGGCAUUUACUGAGGAUGGACUUAGCCUGGUUGCUUCUAUGAUUGGGACACCUAAGAUGUUGGAUACGUAUACUGCCUCGAUGUGUGCUGAAUCUUGGGGAAGGAGUAGCUAUGCUAGAGCGCUUAUUGAAGUGCAAGCGGGGGCUGAUUUAAAAAAGAGUGUUACGGUUGCUAUCCCAUCUAUGGAUGGUAGUGGGUAUUCAAAGGUGGAGGUGAGAAUAGAAUAUGAUUGGGAGCCUUUAAGGUGCUCCUCUUGUUGUGUGUUUGGUCAUGAGGAUAACUCGUGUCCAAAGAGGCCUCAGGUCGCUUCGAGUGGGGAGACUAGUAAGAAAAUUGAUGAUUUUCAGGUUGUGGGUGCAAAGAAGAAGAAAUCUACUAAUCAAGGUCUGCCCAUGAAGAAUCAGAAGCCUAAGGUAGUGUACAGACCAGUUGUAAACCCUAAACCAAUCUCGUCCUUGAAGAAGCCGGUGAACAAUCAGGUAUCAACGUCCAACCCCUUUGAUGCUCUUAAGGAUGAUGAUGGUGGUCAGGGAGGUAGUACUGUGGGUCGUAGAGAGAAGAAGGAGAAAAAGUCGAGUGACAGGCAGGAUUCGGAUGAAGAGGAGGUCGAAGAAAUCAUGAUGUAUAGUAGACUAGGUUACGGGUUGUCAUAG